AUGGCUUCUACUGUCUCCAACAACAAAAGCAAACUCGAGCUGUCGGUACAUCAAGUUGAGCCGGCAAUUGUUGUUAGACAUAUUGAUGAAAGAGUGAAUGACAAUAAUUCUAAUCAGUUAAAAAUAAUUCAACUAAAAGGUCUUAGCGAACGGUCAAAUCCUAAUUUAGUUGCUCGUUUUGUUAUAGACCAAUGCCAACCUUUAAUUCCUAUCGACAAACUUUCCGAAUUGGAACAAUUAAUUUCUUCGAUUAUUUGGAGGGGACGUUCUUCCGAAAUUAAAGUCUCUUCAUGUGGGUCAGCAGAUAUUGAAAAAUUAGAUGAUUAUUUAGAAUUACUUUAUGAUGAAGGAGAAUCUAAAAAUCAAGGAAUUUCUCUUCUUUUACAAUUAGUUUGUGAAACUUCUCCUUCAAAUUUACCCAAAAUUGUUGAGAACGAACCAUUAAUGGGCGCUUUAGUUCGUGUAAUGAAAGAGGAUGCUAGACGUAAUUUUGAUUUGGCAAUUCAAGUUGGUCAACUUUUCCAUCGGCUUUCUCAAUUUUCUCCAUUUUUGCCAAUUCUUUCUCGUUGGAAGAUUGGUCUUCUCUCUUUACAAUUAGUUGAACAAGAAUUACGACGUUCCGAAGUUUGGCGUCAAAAAGUAAAAGAAUUGAGUGAUCUAAAUUCACGUCGAAAUUGGGAAUCUGCUUUGAUUAAACAAGAUUUGUUAAUUACAGUUUGCCUCCAAAUUUUGCUAAAUAUGUCGGAAGAUUUACGCAUAGAAAAUAAAAUGCAACGUAAAGGUUUAUUAAAUUUACUUUUUAAUGCUUUGGAACAUUCGUCCUCUUCACAACUUGUAUUUAUUGUAAUUAAUUUUUUGUGGAAGUUGAGUCAAUUUGUGGAAAAUCAAAAGAAUAUUGUGAAUAAUUCUGGAGCAGUAAUUGAACGUUUAAUUUCCUUUAUACCCCCAACAACAACUUCUAACAAUCGCCCUUCAUCUUCUAAAGAAAAUGAAACUGAAAUUCUUUUUCCACUUUUUUCUUUACUUUUUAAUUGUUCUUUUGAAUUGACUAGUCGAAGAAGGAUGGUACAAUGUGGAUUAGUUUCUUUAUUGGCUCCUUAUAUUUGUGAUUUUAAUAUUGCUUUGGCUUUAAUGUAUCAAUUAAGUAUGGAAGAAGAUGCAAAAGCUAUGAUUGCAUUUACUGAUUGUAUUUCUAUUUUAUCAAAUUUAUUAUUUAAUCAAAACAACAACAACAAACAAAUUAAUUUAAAAAAUAAACGAAUUCAAUUAAUUAAAUGUUUGUUAAUAAAUAUUGUUUUAGAAAAAAGAAAUGCUCAAUUAAUUUGUGGAACAAAUGGGCAAGGUUUGGAUGCUUUGAUCUCUUUAAUUUUUGAAAUUGAAAAGUGUGAGGAUACAUUGACUAUUAAGAUAGCCCGUAAUAUAGCUACACAUGAAGGUCCAACACGUGAAAUGUUUGGUAAAUGGAUGCCUAAAAUUGUUGAAAAUUUUAUUACAAAGUUAACAACAACAACAGAAAAUUCUUUUCAAAAUUAUAUUUUUGCUCUAGAAUGUUUAGGAAUUUGUGUAUUAAUUCCAGAAGUUGAUUGGCUCGAAUUGGAUCAAAAUUUUGAAAUUUUAAAUUUUUUGAAGAAUUUAUUUGAAAAGAUCUUUGCUGGAGAAUUAAAUAAAUUUGGGGUAAUUAAUGAUGAUUUGGUUUUACAGGCAGUAAUGUUUUGUGGUACUUUGGCUUCUCAUAAUUUACAAAUGGCUGAAAAGGUGGAAAGUGAACUGUUACCUUUUGUUGUCAAAAUAAUUAAAACCCGCCAAGAGGACGAUGAAAUUAUUUUACAAUCAAUUUUUGCAAUUAUUUGUUUACUUUCUUAUGGAGGGAAUUUGGCUAAACGUUUAUGUAUUGAAGAAAAUGAAGAAUCAAUUAUUGGAAUUCUGCUAAGUUUUUUGCACAACAAAAAUCCAAAAAUUUGUCAACUUUGUGAUAAAGCACUUGAAAAGGCUGCCGAAAUUAGUAAUUACUGGAGAAAACGAAUUAGCGAAGAAAAAUUUUGUUGGCACAAUUCUCAAUGGUUAGAAAUGGUUAAACAAACAACAACAAACGAACAAUUAAAUAAUUCAGAAUAUGAUAAACUUUUUGAAGAUGAAUAUAUAUUGCCCUCUGGAUUGGUAUUGAAUUCUGAGGAACUUCUUAAGGAUUCUGAAUUUCUUAAUAGUGUAGUUACCCCAAUUCAGAGAAGAUAAAGUGAUUUGUAAGAGACUAAUUGUGAUAAAUAUUGAUAGCUUUAAUAAAAUUUUCUAUCUCCGAUUUAAAAUUUCUUCUGUUUUUUGCAUA